AUGGUGUUGAUGAAGGUCAAGUUUGAUCUGAAAAAGCGAGUGAAGCUUGCUCAGACAGUUUGGUUCAUGUACUGGUUUGCAGUAAUGGCCGGCGUGCUGGUCUUCAGCAUGGGCCUAUUCUUCAAGAUUGAGUUACGAAAGCGUUCAGAAUUGAUGGACAACAACGAGAGUCACUUCUUACCCAACCUGCUCAUAUGUAUGGGUCUAGUAAUCUGCGGCAUCAAUGCCUUCGGUGGGAAAGUCUGCUAUGACUCACUGGACCCAUCGAAGUUUUCGAAGUGGAAGCCAAUGUUGCAGCCCUUCUUGAUGGGCUGUAUGGUCUUCAAUGCUUUGCUGCUUGUUACAGCACUACUGUGCUUCCUGAUGAGGAUCCCUCUACAGUUCACCCUGGCUGAAGGGCUGAAGAAUGGCAUGAAGUUCUACAAGGACACGGACACACCGGGACGUUGCUACAUGAAGAGGACCCUGGAUUUGAUGCAGAUGGAGUUCCGUUGCUGUGGAAAUGAAAACUUCAGAGAUUGGUUUGAGAUUCAGUGGGUUAGCAACCGCUACCUUGACUUCAGCGCCAAGGAGGUCAGAGACCGCAUUGGGAGCAACGUCGAUGGCCAGUAUCUGAUGGAUGGAGUUCCUUUCAGCUGCUGUAACCCCAGCUCCCCCAGACCCUGUAUCCAGUUCCAGAUGACUAACAACUCAGCCCACUACAGCUACGACCACUACACUGAGGAGCUCAAUGUGUGGAAGCGGGGCUGCAGUGAAGCCCUGCUGUCUUACUAUGGAGGCAUGAUGAACACCAUUGGAGCCAUGGUGGUGCUGGUCACUAUGUUGGAGGUUGCAGUGACUGUCGGGCUCCAGUAUGUGAACAGCUCCUUGUCCAGCCUGGCGAACCCAGAUGACCCAGAGAGCGAGAGUGAGGGCUGGCUCCUGGAGAAGACAGUGAAGGAGACGUUCACUGACAUCAUGGCCAAAAUGAAAACAAUGGGCAAAGGCACCAAGGUGGAGGAGGGGGGCGAGGCAGCUGCAACAGCAAGCUGAGCCAGCCCCUCCUGAUAAACUGACAGCACUCCCACCUGAUGGGGAGGAAGGGGACGUGUGAGAUUCUCACUUUUUCUACCAAUAUUUAUGUAGACACAACCUGCUGCAUACAUUUGGCUAUGAACUCCUUCCAAUUGCACUCCCUACACCUGGACUCCUCGCACACAAAAUAUGGUAUAUCUGUACACUGAGAUAAUGACUAGAAUGAAUUUUGGUUUUCUCAUUUAGUUGUUUUCCAACCAUGUAAAUCUGUCUUCAUCUCCUGAGUUGCUUCACAGCAUCUGUUUAAGAGGUUUACUGUUUUGGGUUCUUAUGCUCUAUGUGUUUGGAUGUUUCCUUCAUUUUUUUCUCCAAAAAAUACAAGAGGAAUUGUUUAACUUUAAUAUGUGUUGAUUUAUGUCAGAAACUUUUCAUUCACAAGUAUAUAAUGUUUUACUUGGUGUUGUGUCAUAUAGUUUGGUGGGAAGAUCAAGCACUUAAACACCAUACGGGGAAAGUGGUUGCUAUGCAACCCCCCUCUCAUGUGAACCAGAGGUGCAGAUGGAAGAUAUUUACAGCCCAUAAAACACAUUGUUUUAGUUGUGUUGACCUGCCUAUAGUUUCUUUUUUGGCUUCUAACUAAUAUAUAGACAAAAAAGCAAAGCAAAUUAAAAACCUACUCACCUCUUUUUCUACUCCAGUGCACCACUGUCCACAGUGAAGACUGGCUAAUACUCCUGAGAUGGAGUCAAAUUCUGAAUUGAAUGAAUCAGUAUGAAUUGUGCAUGAAUGUUGAGACACACUGUCAAAGAGUGAGGUGUGGGAAAUAUAGGGUGAGCCCGGGAGAAAAAUGAUGGGCAACUCCAAAACGAGUACAGAGGCUGAAUAAAAUUGGCAGCUAAAUCUUGCCUCCUGACCCCUGUACAGUUAUAUCAGAUCCUCUUUGUUUCCCUUGUGCUUUCAGUACCUGUAUAUUCACAUCUAUGUAUAUUCUAACACCUGGGUUGAUGUCUUUGUACAUAGUGUAGAAAUUCUGAAAAAUUUACUUUUUUAAAAUAAUGUAAUUAAUCUAAAUCUUUUAUUCAAAACAAUGUAAAGUUUGUUUUUUUCCAUAUGAAACCUUUUUUUUGGUUUUGUGUGUCUGUGUAGAAAAGAGAUUAUGCUGAUUGUACACAUGAAUAAAGGAGUGUAGAGAUGUGAUGAGUGAAAUGUUGAGUUUUCCUGACCUUGAGUCACACAGACGUGAGAUCAAGAGGCAAAGUGCGCUGUGACUGUGGCAGGGUUCCUGAUUAAGUCAAUAGGAUAAGAGCAAUUAUGGCAUUACUGCUUUCACAUGGGCAUCGGAUGACUCUUCACAUGUCUCAUGUAAGGACAUGCACAUGUGUGUGAAGGAGGGUUUAUUCACCAUAUAAAUGUCUUAAACAAUAUUUAGCAAGUAGAAAUGUUUAUUUGAAAUGAUGCUGAGAAUU